AUGGGAAAUACUGCUGGGGAAUAUACGUCAUAUUGUUUCCCCUGCUUCAUUUGGUAAAUAGACUGAGUGCAGUAAUUAGAUUUAGGAACACGAAGCUCCCCUGGACCUGCCCAUCUCCACUUAUAUAUAGUGGAGAGCUCUCCAGAGUGUAUUCAGAUAGACACUGUAUUCACAUGCACAUGAGCCUGGGUGGGUAACAGAAGAACAGCCUCUUCUACUGAGUACAAAAAUACAGAUCCACACAGCUGUGCUGCUGCUAAAUAUUGUUACUGAUCCUUGUGCACCUAAGUGUCUUCUCCGCACCUGUCUCCGAAACUGCGCAAGGCAAUUUACUGCAGCCUCUUACAGUGAACAUAGGGUGCCAUGAAAAUCCUUGUAGCUUUUGCUGUGAUUCUUUUGGUUUCAGCACAAGUGUUUGCGGCAGAAAUUGGAUUUAAUGAAGACUGGCCUUACAGUGACCAAAUUCAGGAGGAAAUACAAGGGCCUGUAAUCGAAAGAAUUCUGCAAAGGAUUGCAAGGAAACCCAGACCUGACCAGUUCUAUGGCCUAAUGGGGAAACGGAAUGACGGAUUUGGUCAAAUUUCUCGCAAACGAUUUGGUCAAAUAUCUCGCAAACGAUAUAAAUCAGGUUCCUUUUUUGGACUUAUGGGCAAAAGAUCUUUAAACUCCGGAUCUUCAGAAAGAAACUCACUAAUGAAUUAUUAUGAUACCAGAAGGAAAUGAGACUUCCACCCCCUCCAGCUUCCCUCUACUAUUUGUUAAUCUCCAUUCAGUGACCUGGAAGAUGAAGUGUAAUAUGUUAAUAUCCAGUAAAAUGAACACCUUAUUUAUUUUAAGACUUGAUUGUUUUAGCUUCUAUAUUCAAUAAAGCUAUUAUUUUUAAUUGUGUGGCAAUGAUACUACGUGUGCCGUGACGCUUCAGUUAAGACUCUCUAAUUGACGAAAAGAAAGCACAGGAAUGACUUGUAGGGGCGUGGCCUGUUGUGACGCUGAAUCGAAACAUCACUUUCAUAUAUAUGAAGCAGUGAACAACCAAUGUGGAGUGCAGUGAGUUCAAUGUUUCCAUGUUUCCAAGAGCUCUUGUAUCUUUGUUAAUGAGAAUCAAUUAGUAUCAUUGCAGCAUGUUUUUUUAUGUGAAUCCAAAGUCUUCAUUUCACAGUAUAGAUUUUUUUCUGACAGUGGCACUUUGAAUAAAAGAAAAUUGAGAUUUUGCAACA